GCUCCAGCUCCAGCUCCAUUGCGCUCCAGUCCAGCUCGUGCGCAAACACCCACCAAACAGGGUGUCUCGUGCUACCGUAGGAAGCCCCUCCACCCAUGAACCAUGCUGUUUCUGGCGUUAGCGCUGUGUCUCAGCCAGGCGGCUAACUCCGCUCUGAGCGAGGAUGCUGAGGUCGCAGAGAUGGUGCAGUUGGAGGACUACGCGCUCUCCAAAGCGGACAUCGCCACCGUUCCUCGCAGAGUCGCGCGCCAGGUGAAGACGCUUCUGACCAAGGAAACCAAACCACAUAUUCAGGAGUACUCAGUGCAGACCACUAUCAUCUCCCGGUAUGCUUUUACUGCUGUGUCCUGCACAAUGUUCAACAGGCACAGCGCUGCCACUCAGGGGGUUUUCCAAUUCCAAGUGCCAGCGGCCGCCUACGUCUCUAACUUCACCAUGAUUGUUGGAGGAAGAGUGUUCCCCAGUCAAAUCAAAGCAAAAGAGAAGAAAGUGAAAAAGGACAAAGGGGAGAACAACGGCAAACCGAAGAGCAAGGAGUCAACGGAGGUCAGUGAUGGUGAGAUGGAGUUGUUCCGCAUGGCUGUCACCAUCCCAGGACGGAACCGUGCUAUUUUCCUGCUGACCUAUGAGGAGCUACUGCAGAGACGGUUGGGUUACUAUGAACAUGUGACUAGCAUCCGGCCCAUGCAGUUGGUUAGCAAGCUCAGUGUUGGUGUUACCAUAGUGGAGCAUUCACACAUCAAAUACCUCGAGGUGCUUCCUUUACGUAACAGCAGAACGUCGACCUCCAGCAGCAGCAGCAAGACGGACGGUAAAGAGUCUAUGCCUGUUUCCACGGUGAUCAGACAGAACAAAACUUUCUGCAAGAUCACCUUCACCCCCAAUAUUGUUCAGCAGGUCAAAAUCGCCAACAAUGGAAUGCUGGGAGACUUCGUGGUUCGCUAUGAUGUGGACAGAGAAAUAGGGAUUGGGGACAUUCAGGUUCUGGAUGGACAUUUUGUACAUUAUUUUGCCCCCAAAGACCUGCCUGUUGUACCCAAGAAUGUUGUGUUUGUGAUUGACACCAGUGCCUCUAUGGUUGGGACCAAAAUCAGACAGACUAAAGAGGCUCUGUUCACCAUUCUGAGGGACUUGCGUCCAAGUGAUCGGUUCAACUUUGUAACUUUCUCCAACCGCAUACGAGUCUGGCAGCCAGGCCAGCUGGUGCCCGUUACACCCAACAGCGUGAGGGAUGCCAAGAAGUUCAUCUACAUGAUCUCACCCACUGGAGGCACAGACAUUAACAAUGCCAUCCAGACUGGCUCCUCGCUGCUGCGUGACUACCUGUCGACAAGUGCAGAGUCCAAUCACAACAGUGUAUCCCUCAUCAUCUUCCUGACAGAUGGUCGGCCCACAGUGGGCGAGCUACAGACCCCCAGCAUCCUCGGCAACACCAAAACUGCAGUGCAAGAGAAAUUCUGCAUCUUUACCAUAGGCAUGGGUAACGAUGUGGACUACAGGCUUCUGGAGCGAAUGGCUCUAGAGAACUGUGGCACCAUGAGGAGAAUUCCAGAGGAGGCGGAUGCUAGUGCCAUGCUGAAAGGCUUCUACGAUGAGAUCGGCACUCCUCUUCUGUCAGACAUCCGCGUGGACUACUCAGAAGAUGCUGUUGAAUACGUCACACAGCACUUUUUCCCCAACUACUUCAACGGCUCUGAAAUCGUGGUGGCUGGCAAGCUGGCCAAUCACAACUCAGACUCACUCCACAUUCAGGUGACGGCCAGCAACAGCGACCGCAGCCUGCGCCUGGAGAAGGAUGUGUUGCUGACUCAGCGCGAGCAAGAGACGAAGCAGCGGCUGGCGGAGGCUGAGGCAGGGCCUGAUUCAGAUGGAUACGUUGAGCGUCUGUGGGGUUUCCUGAGCGUGAAGGACGGUCUAAAGGGACGACUGCGGAGCCAGACGAGCAGCGAGAGAGAGAAAUUCACGCAGCAAGCCGCCAAUCUCUCACUAGAGUACAACUUCCUUACGCCACUCACACAAAUGGUAGUGGAAACGCCACAGGUGUUAUCCGCUGGCACUUUAGCGGAGCCUACAGAAGCACCAAUGGCCACAGACUCAGAAGCAGCCAAUCAGCUGCCAGAUCAGGAGUCCACUGGAGGCAUACCCCAGAGCCUGCACAGGAAGAAGGAGCAGCCUGCACGGAGACCAGCAGCCAGCAUGGCAAAAAGUGAGAAGUUGUUGGAUGGAGUUAAAAACACUGCCAAAAAGUCUGUCACCCUCUCUAAAACAUCCGCGGAUGGAGAUCCUCACUUUGUGGUGGAUUUCCCUCUCAGCAAACUGACUGUGUGUUUCAACAUCAACGGACAGGCUGGAGACGUCCUUCGACUAGUGACUGACCACAAACAGUCUGGUGUGACCGUAAACGGUAAGCUGAUUGGAGCUCCAGCCCCAGCCGGUAGCCACAAACAGCAGCGCACGUAUUUCAGCUCCAUCAUUGUAGUUGUGGAUAAACCCCGGCGCUCGUACAUUGAGGUGACCCCGCGUAAGGUUAUCCUGGAUGGACGUGACCGCAUGAUCCUUCCCUGCAGCUCCAGCAUCUCAGUGGAAAGUGAAAGUCUUGGUGUGGCCAUUGUUGCUAACGCCAACGUCACAGUAACCAUUCAGAAGACGAUCCGGUUCAUCAUCCUGUUGCAUACUUAUAAAAACCCCGCCCCUUACCAGCGAGACCACCUGGGCUUCUACAUAGCAAACAGCCAAGGACUUAGCAACAGUACACAUGGACUGUUAGGCCAGUUUCUGUUUGAAGAAGUUGGACUAACACAACUUUCUGGAAACAUCACUGCGGCAAAAGGAAAUGACACACAGGAAGCAAGCAUUACUGGCAACCUAGAGCCCAGACCCCUGGCACUGAAGGUGAAGGAGCGUACCAUUGCCGUGGUAAAGAAGAGCAGACGCAUCUACUCUGGCAGUCAGAUAGUGGACUGCUGGUUUGCCAGAAACAAUGCCGCUAAACUGAUUGAUGGGCAGUACCAGGACUAUGUAGUGUCGCACCUGUUCGACACAGGGGACUGGCCACAUGGGACUAAUACGCACUAAGGGAAACGCAUACUCACUCACUUAAACACCAUCACACAAAAUGAUGUCUCCUUCUGGAUUAACGGGUACCUACACACAAAUCCAUGGGAGGCUUCCUAGCAACCACUUCACUAUGUUUAUGUUCUACAACAUUGUCGUCACAUCAAAGCAUUCUCAUUUUUUCUUUUCUUUUUUAAUACAAUUUUUUUUACCUCAUUUGAAAACACUAGCUUUCCUGUACAACCUGUAAAAUUUCAAGAUGAAUGGACUGAUAGAAAUUAUUCAGAAGUACUUUUAAUGUAUAUUAAAGUUAAGAAUGUUUUUCCUUCUCCUGAGAAGUUAACAUUUCAGCGAGAUGAGGUUUUGUUACGUUAGUGACAAUAUACAGCAUAUGAGUUAUAUCUGUGUAACACUGCAACUUAAUACUACUGCAUAAAUUAAGUGUUUAUAUAUUUCUGUACGUUGUACCUUUCUGAAAUCUCAUGUAAUAUGAUGAAAAUCAUGUUUUAAUUGUUUUAUACUGGUACUGUAAUUUAAAUCUUAACAAAAGAACAAAUAUGGAGGAUUUUGUUGCUGUUCUAUUUACAAAUUUUAAAAAUAAACCAAAAGGUGGCAACUAUAA